AUGCCAGCGCCAAAACGCUUAAGGGAGCUUGUUAGGGACAUUCGCUCUGCGCGAACGGCUGCUGAAGAACGGGCUAUUGUUAACAGAGAAUGUGCUCAAAUUAGAGACAGUUUUCGUGAAGAAAAUAAUGCUUAUAGAUGUCGAAAUAUUGCUAAGCUUCUUUAUAUUCAUAUGCUUGGAUAUCCCGCACAUUUCGGUCAACUUGAAUGCUUGAAACUCAUUGCUUCAUCUCGAUUCACCGACAAACGUGUUGGAUACUUAGGUGCAAUGCUUCUGCUAGAUGAAAAAACAGAUGUUCAUCUACUGGUAACCAAUUCAUUGAAAAAGUAA